AUGACCACAAACACCUCCUCCCAGGCUCUAGACGAUCUUGUCAGAGCAACCAACCUCUUCGAAAAAUAUCUACACACUAUUACAACCUUGCAAGAUGGCCUCGUCGCUCGUCAACUUGACACAGUCGAGAGUCGUACUCACAACAGCAUUGCUGUGCCUGAAUCCCAUGGUGCACUUACACUUACACCACCAGUGAGGGCUUCCACAGGCCUGACAUACACAACGGAGAACUCCCUAUCUACCAUAUAUCGACGUGCUCGAGCUGCUACCUUUGAGAGCACCAGGGAGAGGCCGUCGUUCUCUGCUGAACAUCGACCUUAUAUGGACUCGCCAAGCGGCAGUCAUUGUGUCCCCCUUCAGCAUAAUGAAGACGUCCCUUUUCUUCCUCUGCUCCCGGCCGCCGUCACAGCAACGGCACGAGCGGUCGAGGAGUAUCCCCUCAAUAUAGUUCGUGGUCAUCUCCAUCGCGAACGCUGGGAAGAUUAUGAGCUCCUGAACUAUCUCAAAGACACCCAAUUCAGCCCCGAGAUGACUUGUCUUCUCGACGAGGUCAUGAAGCGCCGCUCCGAAAUUCCUACAGCCUUGUCCUUUCGAGACUUUGCAGGUUAUGAGAGGGAGCAGUACAGCCAGUCCACUUUUGAGGUGUACGAGAUCAAGCACGGGAGUAGCCUUGUGAAGCUCAAUGCUGAUGGAGACGGAGAUGGGGACGAUCAACUCGAUGUCAAGUACACAGGCAACGGACCGUGCGAUAGUCCAGCGGAUAGUAUUGAUGCUCCUACUGUUUGGGAGACUAUCCAAACUGUUAAUCCCAGCGGCCAGUCUGUAGGUCGAAUUACUAUCGUUCAAGAACCUACACCUCUGAUUCUCGCAGCCCUCCAACUUACAAUGUCUCCCCAUUUUGAUAUGCCUGAACUUCUCACUCAUCUUCUCUCCGACGAGCCCAAUCGUGGCCGCACUCACGCCUUCAUGACUCGAGCGUACGAACGACCUCCCUCCCAUAUCACAGCCAACCUGACUGUUACCACUCCACCUUCACCAAUGCCUCUUCCUGUCGGGUUAACAAUGACCCCUACACCCACCACAGCCAAUGUUCGCCAGAAGUCAUUCUUUUUCGUAUUUAAAUACUACACCGUUGUCGACCCCCCUCUUGAGCCAGCUCCUUGGCAGCGGUUCGAUAAGCGGCCUUCGGAGAGUCGCAUGGGAGACCACAUUGACAUUGCAGAGUGCGGCUCAGUGUUGGCUUUGUCGCUCGGUGGUGAGCCUCAGAAAGCUCCUGUUAUGAAACCUCGAAGGGAGCGUGCCCGAGAGGGCCUCUUGUUUGAAACCUUUGGACCAUGGCAGUUGCUUGUCAUACAGAGCUUUCCAGACAAUUCUCAUACGGUUCGAGGCAAAGAGUUUGAGAAGAAAUGCAUCAAUGGACCGUACGCAUUCCUGGACUUGCUCAUCUCUGAAUAUCGCGAUGCAACAAAACGAAAUCUCAUCCUCCACGAGCGAGUUACCAAGCUCAUAACUCCACCUCCGGAAUUCAUGUUCGAUCCUAAGCUAAGGGACAAGCUUCUAUUCGAAGACAAGUACUUCACGUACAUCAGAAGAUACUUUUGGGCGUACAACACCCUCGCCGUCGUGAACACUGGUAUCAAGUCGAUGAUCGCUGCAUACGUCGAUACAUUCACCGACAGUUUCUGGGCCGGUACUCACCCAACCCUUUGGCCACACAAAGCUCCUGAAUCACCCGACGGCAUUGCUUACCGUAACCACAUGGCCAAUCUACGCCGUGAAUUCGACAAGGUUAUUCAAGAACUUACAGAGGUUCUCAAACGCAACGAGCGCACGCGCAAGGAGAUCGAGAACUUGCGGGAUCAACUCUUCAGUGGAAGUUCGAUCAAGGAGAGUCGAAGGGCGAUUGAGCAGGGUGAUAACAUCCGUAUACUCACCAUGAUUAGCAUGAUCUUUUUGCCGCUUACUUUCGUUACGUCUGUAUUUGGCAUGACGGUCUUCACAAUCCCCGCGACAGACUGGCGAUUUGCCCUUACCAUGGUCCUUGUCUGCGUCCCCUUUAUGAUUCUCAUCACCCUUCUACAAACUCGUUCCUUUGGCCGCUUGCUUCGCAAACUUGGUGCCAUUGGUAACAUACCCGUUCGUCUUUUCACUCGUCUUCGAAGUCGAUCGCGAGACACCAACGACAUUCCAGACAGCCGCUCCGUCGCUGCAGCCAGACUGAAACGAGGCAGUGGUGCGUGUCCUAUGAGGAGGAUGACUUGGCCAUGGGGUGAGAAAGUCACACCUAGAGUCGAGAUGGAUGACUUGGGACAAGUUUGA